CCUUGGUUAUAUCUGAAAAAAAGAAAAGUCUUCGUUUGAAUAUGGGAGACUCGGACACUCCAGGCCCUUCUUCUUCCUUUUCUUCAAAGUCGAAUUUGCCUAUGCUGUACUACGGCCUCGUAGUUGUCGGAACGGCCACUAUCGUGCUGGCUAUAUACAACCUUAUCAUCAUCCGAUGGUGCACGCAGCGCCAUGAUGCCUCCAACCGGAGAGUCCGGCUUGAGGAAAUGGCUGCUGGAAGGAGUUUCGAAAACCAGAGCAGGAACUUGCUGUCAAGCUUCAAGUACAAGAAAGGAAGCGGCAAUAUGGGGUCGGAAGACAUGAGUGGAGAAUACGAAUGUGUGGUUUGUUUAUCAGUUUUCGAAGAUGGAGACGAAGUGAGGCAGCUACCGAGGUGCAAGCAUUCAUUCCAUGCCCCUUGCAUAGAUAUGUGGCUCUGUUAUCACUAUGAUUGCCCCUUGUGUCGUGCCUCGGUGGAUCCCGAUCCGUCUCCGAUGUGUCAACGACAAACGGUUAAUUCAAGGGAAGGUUUUCCAGGCAUCCCUGUCCUGGUUUGAGUUCUCCAAUUUUGUUUGAUUUUCUUUCUUCCUUUUUGCUCUCUUACUAGGUUGAGAAAGCCAGCUAGCUGCCCAUGUGGAUACAGUGCAACUCAUUUUAGAGCUCUAACUGGGGCCAUGAAAUAUAGCUGCCUGGCCAUGUCCCUUCCCAUUUUGUACAUAUCCAUAUAAUCCGAUAAUCAUGAGUCGGACACGAGCGUCAGAUAUUUCAAGAAAAAAUGAAGAGUCCAACCGACAAUGACACGAAAUAAAAAUCCCAUCGAAAAGCCAAAAAGAUUUCAGCCACCUCUCUUAGUUUUUUUUUCCUGCUAUGGUGGGUGCUACAAUGUGCUGCAAUGAUCGGAAGUACUGUUAAGUCAAAACCUGAACCGAAACAAGCUUAAUACAAAAAGAAAUGCAGGUCCAAUUAUACCAGACAAGGUGACCGGCACAUGAGAAUACUAGCGCAAUCUCCUCCGGCAAAACAGACUCGACAUUUAAUAUUGAUGAUGCAUUUAACUUCAAAAUAAGAAGAAAGCAUUAUAUCUAGCAAUCUCAGAUUUCAACACUGGUGAGGCAGUGGCACAUGCGUCCAAAUAGAAUGAAUUCAUCAUAUAGCCUAUUUACUGCUAAAGCAUGCAGAAAUCCACAUAAUGUAAUUUAUUAUAGCUUCCGUGUAUUUCCAAAUCCUGACUCGAUAAACUCUGGCACGGGUUUCCGAAAUGUUAUAAUCCAAAUGUAU